ACCCCUCCUCUAUCAACCCCCUGAAAAGAUGGUGGCGGAGAAAGAGGGUUGCUGCCCUUCCAAAGGCAGACCCCCACAAUUUCAGGAGCCGCUGCGGCAAGAAAAAAGACAUAGGAAGCAGGUCAGCGAUGGAUUCACCAUCAAAGCCAUGAUGAAAAACACAGUGGUGAAAGGUCCUCCAGCUGCAGGAGCAUUUAAAGAAAGACCAACAAAGCCCACAGCCUUUCGCAAGUUUUAUGAGCGAGGUGACUUCCCCAUUGCCCUUGAGCACGAUUCAAGAGGAAACAAAAUAGCCUGGAAGGUGGAGAUAGAGAAGUUGGACUAUCAUCACUAUUUACCACUGUUUUUCGAUGGCUUAUGCGAGAUGCAGUUUCCCUACGAGUUCUUUGCUCGGCAAGGCAUCCAUGAUAUGCUAGAACAUGGGGGGAGCAAGAUUCUUCCAGUCAUUCCUCAGCUCAUUAUCCCAAUAAAAAAUGCGCUGAACCUUCGAAACCGACAGGUCAUCUGCAUCACGCUCAAAGUCCUGCAGCACCUGGUUGUGUCAGCUGAUAUGGUGGGGGAGGCCUUAGUGCCCUAUUAUCGUCAGAUUCUCCCCAUUUUAAACAUCUUUAAGAAUAUGAAUGUUAAUUCAGGAGACGGCAUUGACUACAGCCAGCAGAAGCGUGAAAAUAUCGGAGACUUGAUCCAAGAGACACUGGAAGCCUUUGAACGCUACGGUGGUGAAGACGCCUACAUAAAUAUUAAAUACAUGGUCCCAACUUAUCAGUCGUGCUUGUUGAACUAACAAAUGGGAUAGGGGUGUCAGAAAAGCGAUGCUGUUUGUGUUCUCCAGCUCUGUCUAAUGUUUUGUUACUCAUUCUCCACGGCUACUAAAACCGUGGUUCCUGGACCCUUAGACUGCUUCGUGCUAUCGGGAACCAGUCUGUCCAAUACAUAAAUAGUGUCUGUUUCGUAGAUUACAAUGGUGUACUGUGCUUAUUUGUUCUGUGAAAGAAUUGCUCCUUUAUCACAAAUGCUAAGCGGAGCAGGAGUCAGUCAAACCUUCCGUUGUAUGGACAAUAAAACUAUAAUUUUCAUACGCAAUUCGGCAAUCGCUCUUCUGUGUCCGCCUG